UUUGCCAAACCCCAGUAACACAGCACUUCAUUUGGGAAUGAUCAAGGCCAAAGACACACACUCAUCUGAAGCUGCUUUUUGCACCAAAUCUCUCCCACGUUCCUCUCUUUUUGGGAGCUGAACGGAUCCACUUUGAGAGUCAGUCCUUGAAAUAAAACAUUUUCUAAGAGCUGACUGAAAGGACAGGAUGAGCAGAGGACAGACAGAGGUCCUGGGGCUGCUGGUAGCGCUGACGAGCCUGCUGCUGCUCAUCGCUGCUGCUGGACACAACUGUUGGAGGCAAGGAGCUAAAGAUCAGCUGACCUCGGUGGGUCUGAGCUCCCGUUGUCGAGGCCUGUGGGGGGAGUGUGUUCAUGACAGCCUGGUGGGCCUGAGGACGUGUGACGUGUCCGUGUCUUACAUGGAGCACCUGCCAGCUGAUGUGUUGGCUAUGAGAACAGCGUUGGAGGGGACGUUUGUUCUGUCUGUGGUCUCCAUCCUGAUCAUGAUACCGGGCCUGAGGGGGACUACGUUGGUCCACAGUGUGCCGGUUCAGGUCCGGCUGCUGCAGGUCUCUGGUGCCCUCUGUCUGUGUGGAGGUGUGUGUGGUGCAGCUCGCCUGCUGUGGUACGGGGUGGACACUUACACCAGAUACAGACAAGAAGCGACUCUGGGGAUGCCGGGGAUAACGUUUGAGUUCGGGCUCUCAUACUGGUUGAUGGUGGGAAGUGUGUUCUGCUCUCUCACCUCGGCCGUACUGACAAUCAGGAGUGUGUCUCGUAUCAGUGAUGCCAUCAGGAUGCCAGCAACGAGACUCGCUCCCAGUCAGCCAGCCCGAACCAACGCUGUCAUGUCACCACAGUCGACCUCCAACUACAAGACUUACAUUUAAAGCUUUUCAAUAAAGUUGUUCCAUGAAGUGUUGAUGUCUGCCCUCAUUUCCCUCCUCAGUAUGCAGCCCAGUCACCAGGAAAAGA